CGCCGGGGCCGCUGGCCGAGGGUCUUCCAGUGACUAGUUCCUUUCCAGCUGGUGCCUGGGAAAUGGCAGCCUCUGCUAAUGCAGCCUUGAAGACAGCCGCUUGUCUGCUCAGCACUGUUACUUAGAAGAUAGGAUUCAAGAGGAGCGGCCCUGCCUGGAGCUGGCCCGGGGGCGAGCCAGGGCCUCUCCGCCCCCGGGAUGACUGCAGCCGGCCGGGCCAACCCCUACAGCAUCGUGUCAUCAGAGGAGGACGGGCUACACCUGGUAACCAUGUCGGGUGCCAACGGCUUUGGCAAUGGCAAGGUGCAUACUCGGCGCAGGUGCCGAAACCGCUUCGUCAAGAAGAAUGGCCAGUGCAAUAUUGAGUUCGCCAACAUGGACGAGAAGUCGCAGCGCUACCUGGCCGACAUGUUCACCACCUGCGUGGACAUCCGCUGGCGUUACAUGCUGCUCAUCUUCUCCCUGGCCUUCCUUGCCUCUUGGCUGCUCUUUGGUGUCAUCUUCUGGGUCAUCGCGGUGGCCCACGGCGACCUGGAGCCAGCCGAGGGCCAUGACCGCACCCCCUGCGUGAUGCAGGUGCAUGGCUUCAUGGCAGCCUUCCUCUUCUCCAUUGAGACACAGACUACCAUCGGUUAUGGGCUGCGCUGUGUGACGGAGGAGUGCCCAGUGGCCGUCUUCAUGGUAGUGGCACAGUCCAUCGUGGGCUGCAUCAUCGACUCCUUCAUGAUCGGUGCAAUCAUGGCCAAGAUGGCCCGGCCCAAGAAGCGGGCGCAGACGCUGCUCUUCAGCCACAAUGCCGUGGUGGCACUGCGUGAUGGCAAGCUCUGCCUCAUGUGGCGUGUGGGCAACCUGCGCAAGAGCCACAUCGUGGAGGCCCAUGUGAGGGCCCAGCUUAUCAAGCCCAGGGUCACAGAGGAGGGCGAGUACAUCCCACUGGACCAGAUCGACAUUGAUGUCGGUUUCGACAAGGGCCUGGACCGCAUCUUUCUGGUGUCACCCAUCACCAUCCUGCACGAGAUCGACGAGGCCAGCCCGCUGUUUGGCAUCAGCCGGCAAGACUUGGAGACGGACGACUUUGAGAUUGUGGUCAUCUUGGAGGGCAUGGUGGAGGCCACGGCCAUGACUACACAGGCCCGGAGCUCCUACCUGGCCAAUGAGAUCUUGUGGGGCCACCGCUUUGAGCCUGUGCUAUUCGAGGAGAAGAACCAGUACAAAAUCGACUACUCACACUUCCACAAGACCUACGAGGUACCCUCCACGCCCCGUUGCAGCGCCAAGGACCUGGUGGAGAACAAAUUCCUGCUGCCUAGCGCCAACUCCUUCUGCUAUGAGAAUGAGUUGGCGUUUCUGAGUCGUGAUGAGGAGGACGAGGUGGACGGAGACCAGGAUGGCCGCAGCCCCCAGGCCAGGCAUGACUUUGACAGACCCCAGGCCAGCAGCAGUGCCCUAGAGCAGCGGCCCUACAGACGGGAGUCGGAGAUCUGAGCCACCAUUGGCCAAGGUGCAGCAUCCGCCCUGCCGGGGAGAUACCUGGCAGGGGAGACGCCUGGCAUGCCGAGAAGGCCGGGUUCAAGCAGAAUGGGCACCCCAGGUGCAGACUCAGUAGCAUUUUAGAUGUUUUAUGUUACUUCACAAUGGCCUCAGAGGGUUGUUGGGAGAGUGGGUGGCUGGAGCCGGUCGUCCUUGGCCUGAGAGGCCAGAGCAGCACAGGGGCCUAGCCACAGGAGCCAGGGGUGUCUGCCUACUGAUCUGCUGCCUGCCCAGAAAUGGCUCUGGCAUCGCCAGGCUUCUGGGCCAGCAGGUUGCAGUGCGUCUUGCUGGUUUUUAACUUGGGAAGAAACACCUGGUUUCGGCUUUCUCAACCUUAGCUUGAGUAAGACUGUUUACAAAAAUAAUAAUAAUAAUAAUAUGUGAUUGAAAAUUUUUUAAUUCAUGGGGGUAUUAGAAUUUCAUUGGUCUGGCAGGAUGCAAGCAGUUGCAUGGAGGCUCUAGAAGGUUCUGAGAUGGGACCCUCCACUCAAAGUUGGCUGCUGGCCCGUGCCAGCUGGUAUGGCCCCAGGGUGAGCACAGAGCUCCCUGUGGUUUUGUGCUCACAGGGCAAAUUAGAUUCCGUUUGUGAUAGUAAAACCAAGACCAUGUUAAUGAUCAUAAUAAAAGCUUUUC